AUGGUUACUCGACUGUCUUGGGCGCUCAGCCUGCUCCUCGCCUUGGCGAAGGAGGAGGCUUCCCCAUCCGCUGAUUCACAGAUCAGUGGUGCCGGCUGCCCGUACUUCCACCAGACCGCGUGUGCAGCCGAGCCGUUCAAGACCUUCCUGCAGGAGUGGCAGGAGAAGACCCGGUGCUGGCUUUGCGACAACCGCCAGCUUGUGACCCGGGCGCGCAGCGUACUACAGGACCUUCUCUACAUCCAGCGCCCUGAGCUUCCCCAGGUUGGCCAGGAGGGGAGCUUGCACCCAGAAUGGAAGGAGACCUGCGUCGCAGCAUGGAUUCUGGCUCUCUUUGCAUCGACGCGAAGUCAGGCCGUACAGCCUUGGUCCUUCUACGAGAUCGGGUUGUCACUGAUCAUGGGCUGUGCCUUCGAAGAGGCGACCUUCUUCGAACUCUAUGGCAUCACCCCUUCCCAGGUGGCAUACAACUUUUACGUCCUGGGACUUCCGUACCACCGUCCUAACCCAGUCUUACACAUCCAGGAAGCCGAGUUGGGGACUGCUGAAAGGCUGCGCAAACCUGAGGAUGCCCCGCUGGUCAUCGACAUAGGCAUGGGCUUGGGAGCUGAUUCGCGCUACUUCCUGUCCCAGGGCUUUCGUGUUGUUGCCGUGGAAGCGAACAGACGCGCCAUCGAGGUGGCCAUGACAAUUGACUGGGUGAAGCCUUUGGUCCUGGAGGGGCAGCUCGUUUUUCUUCAUGCU